AUGAGUACUGCCAUAGCUUUACAACAGCAAUUGGAAGAUCCUACCUCGGGCCAUGUAAAUACUCUCACUAAAGAACAGGCCUCUUUAUUGCGUGAAUUUUGGGCUGUUACGUUUAUCAUGCAGGAGGUUACUCCCGUAGAUACCUCUGAAAUAAAGCAAAUUACUACUAAGGACUUGUCAAAUAUUAAGGCUAAUGGUCGUUUUGGCAGAAAGAAUAAAGGUCAAAAUGUUAAUGUUAUUGAGACUUUUACUAAAUAUAGUAAGAUGGCGCGCAAAAUGAGGGAGGAUAAAGGAGCGAGUAAUGCUUCUCGUACAACUAGUAAUGGUUCAAGCAGUGCAAGUGAUAAAUAUAACGAAUCAUCGGAGUUUUUAUCUGCUCUUGUGUCAUACACGCCUGAAGAGUUACAUCGUGCUGCAUGGAAAAUAAUUGCAGCGGAUGAUCCAGAUGUAAUACUUCUUCGCUUCCUUCGGGCAAGGAAAUGGGACGUUGAAAAAGCUAUGGUAAUGUACAUGGCUACACUAAAGUGGAUGCUACAGGCUAAAGUCCGAGACAUCGUCGAAGGUGGUGAACAAGGAUUGGAACAAUAUUUUACAGGUAAAGAUCUUGAAGGAUUGAAAUAUCAAUUUACAAGUGGCAAAAGUUUUAAUAGAGGAACUGAUAAAGACGGAAGGCCUGUAUGCUAUGUGAAUGUUCGAUAUCAUAAGAAAGACGAUCAGACUUUUGAAGUUCUUCAGAAAUACACUAUUUACAUCAUGGAAACAACUCGUUUGAUGAUGGAAGCUCCAGUGGAAACUGGGUGCCUCGUCUUUAAUAUGACUGGAUUUACUAUGUCUAACAUGGAUUUCCAAUAUGUUAAGUUCAUAAUUCAAUGUUUUGAAGCAUAUUAUCCAGAAAGCUUGGGAGUUUUGAUAAUCCACAAAGCCCCUUGGGUGUUCGGAGGGUUGUGGAAAUUGAUAUCGCCUCUUUUAGAUCCUGUUGUGGCGUCAAAAAUUCGCUUUACACAAAGCGAAAAAGAGAUCUUACAAUUAAUCCCAUCUAAACAUUUAAUUACCGAUUUGGGUGGUGAGGAUAAGUGGGAAUAUAAAUAUUUACCUCCAAGUGAAAAUGAGAAUUAUAGAAUGAAGGAUGAAGUGACAAAAAAGCAGAAGCUAGAAAAGAGGCAUUCUUUGGAGGAUGAAUUUGAAAAACUUACUAAACGAUGGCUAGACGAACCAGACAAUGAACAGAUAAAAAAUGAAAGAAAUCAGGUGAAAAUUCAACUGCGACAAGCUCAACUGGAGUUAGAUCCACAUAUUAGAGCCAGAACUUAUUAUGAUCGUAUUGGAGUGCUUCGUGAAGAUGGAUCAUGUGAUUGGGGAUAUUGA